UCACGUGACUGCCCCCGUGUGGGCGGAGCCUGCAGGUUUACAGGAAAUCACCGAAUCAGGAAGUUGAACUUUUAGUGGAGAUUUCUUUGAGUAAUCAAAGUCUAACAAAAGUGGACAUUUACUGAGUCGGGACGCAAAACUAUCAGAUAACAGGUGUGGCCGAUUGCAGGAGCCCUGGUAAAGGCCAUGAACCGUGUCCCCCUUCAUCAGCCACAGAGCUGUGGGCCCUGGGAACUGAAGGAGUGUUUGGGCACGGGGGGCUUUGGAAAUGUCACCAGAUGGCAAAAUAAGGAUACAGCAGAGCAGAUUGCAAUCAAACAGUGCCGCCAGGAGCUGAGUGAGCGAAACAAAGAGAGAUGGUGUCUGGAGAUCCAGAUCAUGAAGAGGUUAGAUCAUGUCAACGUGGUGGCAGCGAGGGAGGUACCCGAAGGGAUGCAAAAACUUGUGGCUACCAACGACGUGCCGCUGCUGGCCAUGGAAUACUGUCAAGGAGGGGAUCUGAGAAAGUAUCUGAACCUCUUGGAGAACUGCUGUGGAAUGCGUGAGGGAUCCGUUUUGAUUCUGUUGUGCGACAUUUCCUCCGCUCUGACCUACCUCCACAAGAAGCGGAUCAUCCACCGAGAUCUGAAACCUGAAAACAUUGUACUGCAGCAGGGAGAGAAGCGAUUGAUCCACAAGAUCAUUGACCUCGGCUAUGCGAAGGAGUUGGACCAGAGCAGCCUUUGCACCUCCUUUGUGGGAACGCUGCAGUACUUGGCUCCCGAGCUGAUUGAGAGGAAGAAGUACACGGUCGCGGUGGACUACUGGAGCUUUGGGACGUUGGUGUUUGAGUGCAUCACAGGAUUUCGGCCUUUUUUGCCAACCUGGCAACCUGUUCCCUGGCACAAUAAACUGCGACUGAAACAAGACAGUGACAUUGUCGUUUACGAGGACCUUUCCGGGGUAGUCCGCUUCUCCAAACAGCUUCCUCAACCCAACAACCUUAACUGUCUUUUAGCAGAGAAGCUGGAGAGGUGGCUGCGGCUGAUGCUCAAGUGGUCUCCGCAAGAAAGGGGCAAAGAGCCGGACGCCACGCCCAGUACCUGCUUUUCCCAGCUGGAGCUCAUUCUGCAGCUCAAAAUGGUUCAGGUUUUGAACAUGACCACGGCCAAGAUCCUGAGGUAUGCGGUCGCAGAUGAGGAGACGGUGGCCGAGCUGCAGAAGAGAAUCGAAGAGGACACAAGCAUCCCCGCAGCCAAGCAGGAGUUGCUGCUUGAGGCCGGUUUAGCCUUGGAGCCUCACGGGUUGGCCACGCAGUGCGCCAUCGAUUACAGCGAAAUAGAUGGCCGGCGGACAGACUUCCCUCUCAUUUUCCUGUUUGAUCGCUCAUCGUGUAGUUACGAACCACCAUUGACUCCUCGCUCUCUCCCUGAAAACAUCUGUUUUGUCCAAAAGGACCCAAAACACGUUUUGCCUUACAGCCCUCUGAGGCGAACUUGUGGCCAGGCGUGGCACACCAUCCGCUCCCUGAAGGAGGACUGGCAGCGACUGCAGCAGGGACAGAAAGCAGCCAUCAUGAGCUUGCUGAGACACAAUUCAUCCCUGUCCAAGCAAAAGAAUGAGAUGGUGUCCAUGCAUCAGAGACUCAUGGCCAAGCUGGACUUCUUCACUACCAGCCUUCACAUAGACAUGGACAAAUAUCAGGAGCAGACCGCCACUGGGAUCGCUUCAGAGAAACUGCUGGGAGUGUGGAGGGAAAUGGAGCAGACUGCCGGCAGCUGUGGUCAGCCCAAAGUGAGUGAACUUGAGGAGGAGAUGAUGCACCUGCAACAAGACAUUCUGGAUGUUCAGCGUCAGCCAUGGAGGAGUGGAGAGGCUCUGGACACACUUGAAGGGAAAGCUAUGGAAAUGGUGCGCAAGCUGAGAGAGAAACCCAAAGAGCAGCGUUGCCCUGGGGAUGGUCAGGAAAUCUUGCGUCUGGUGGUUCAGGCGAUGCAGUUCUAUGAGAGGAAGCUACGAGACUUCUACACACACCUCAGUAAGACGGGUGUUUGUCGCCAGCGCGUCAUGGAGCUGCUGCCGAAGGUGGAAGGCGUUGUGCAGGAAAUGGCUGAGAGCGAACAAGUCCUGAUGGGUCUGCAGGAGAAGCGCCAAAGGGAGCUGUGGAAUCUCCUCAAAGUCGCCUGUAGUAAGGUGCGAAGCCCAGUAAGCGGGAGUCCCGAUGGAUCUCGGACGCCUUCUUCAGUACCACCUCUGAUGACCCCCCGACACAGUUUACAGCAGUUGGAUGAGUCUCUGGUGGAGGAGAGCAGGACCUUUGAGAGUCGACUGCAAAGUUUGCUGCAUGACACCAUUCAGGAGUCGGAGAGCAGCAUGGAGAUGCUGAGGGAAUGGACGUGGCUGCAAGGGAGCAACAGUUUCUCCAGAGAUCUUUCCUAGUUUAACAUCCACUUGGUGCCACCGUGUAGAAAUCAGGACAAAACAUAUCUUUGUGCACACUUUGAAGGGGAACAGCAAAUCCUCAAACGAUUCCACAGCUUUGGAAGUUGUUGAUGUUAGACCGCAGAUCAAAGAUGUACACUGUGAUUAUGACAACGUUUGGGGAGGGUGUCUUGCUCUUUUUUUUUUUCGUCCUCAACAAUCGGCACUUGGCCUCAUUAGGGUCGCGGGUGAGCUGGACCUUAUCCCAGUUGACUUUUGGUGAGAUGCGGGAUAUUGCUUGGAUUAAUUGCAAGACAGUUCUUUUAACCUAUCAUCCGACACCAAUGUAACCUCAAAGGUACAAUUCACGUCAGACUCAGAGCCAUUCUCAGCCAUCCAGAUUAUGGGAAUCUGCCCUUUUUAACUGUAUGUUGAGGUGCACCUGAUGAAGUGUACAGAGAUUGUCACAAAAGUAUAGUGUCAUCCAGUGUCACAGUAGAAUAAUAACAAAGCAGGAGUGGGCAACGUAUGGCCUACGGGCCACCGCCAUUUUUUAACCUAUCCAACCAAGCUUUUACGUUAUUAAGAAUCCUGUAAUUUUGUUGGAUUCAUUUAGCCUGUUUUCAUAAAUUGUUCAUGAAACUGUAAGUCCAUUUUAAUUUGAAAUGUUUUUUAAUCCACAUAGCUCAUUAAAUAAUUAUUUCAAGAUUUUUACUCGAUAAUAAACUAUGGCCCGCCUCAUUCUGAGCGACAAACCAACAACUGAACUAACUGGACAGUCGAGGGAAAAAAACAAACAAACAAAAAAAAAACAGUCUGCGACUCUCCUAAUCCUGCCAUGCAUAAUUAACUCACUUCAAUUGAAACAUUUAAUUGUCCUGACCACUGUAACUGUAAUAUGGACAAAAGUAAAAGAAGAUACUGUAGACAUUUGCACGACAAAGAGACUCAUGUGCAUAUGAAAUUAUAAAUGUAGUUAAGUAUUAUUGUAAACCACAAUACAUAUGCUGGAUAUUCUGUAAUCUUAUGCUUACAGUGGCCAGCUGUGUCACAUUUGCGAGGUGGUGGUGGACCCCAAAAAGCAGGCAGGAGGGAGGAGCACGGUGAACUUGACGAAUUGUAUUAAACAUAGAGAAAACUAAAUCCAAAACCAACAAAGUCCAAAGUAUCAAACAAAAAUCAUGACUGAAAAUAAAACAUAACAGCAACCGAAACAUGACUGA